AUGGAACCAUCUACUGUAAAGACAAGCCUACCGGCGCAGCUCCCAAGAAUUCGCAAAAAUGAACCGUUCAACGCCUUGAUCCAGAAGCUUGCAAAAUACUUCACGGAUCUUGUAGUAAGACCCAUAACAUUCGAGGAGUUCCGCACCACCCAGGAUCAUCUACUCACCCCAUUGUGUCGACACCUGUUACACGAUGUACACCAUCCUGCACUAGUUGCGGGACUGCUCGUGCUCAAGGGCCACUUCGUCACUCUUGAAGCCGAUGAGGAACAAGGUAUUCACGCCGCGCGAGGAUUCGCUUGUGAAGCUGUUGCAACAAGAUUCAUCAUCGGACUGGCCGACAGGGAGAUCAUCGAUUUACUUCUGUAUGAGUUAGAGAUUCCCGAGGCUCCAGGAGUCGAAAGUCAAGGCGCAGACGACAACCAGCCAGAGCUUGCGUCGCCACUUACCGAGCAGUCCCCUCUCCUGUCCCGAUCAAGUCUCCGUUCUAGAGGAAGCUACAGGAGCAGGCUCACCAUCCCGGAAAGCUAUGAUGGUGUUGCAGAAGAUCCAUCUGAUACCACUGAUGCUGAAUUGGCUGAUCAAUUCGAUGGAUUGAACGCUUUGGAGAUUGCGGCCGUGUCAGGAGCCAAGAAGUUCCUCUGUCAAAAGCAAGUUCAGAGGAUCAUCAAUGCCAUCUGGACUGGAGAUAUCAUGUUCUGGAGCAAACUCAGCGCCGAUGCGCAGAAGAAGGCACAAAUCUAUCAACGCAAGUCAAUGGAUCCGUUCUGUCGCCUACGAGUACCCAUCUAUCUCAAGGCGUUCGAAGUUCUGUUUUUUGUGGCAUUCCUCGCGUUUUACUAUGCUGUUCUAAUGCAGCGUUCGUUCUACUCGGUCACAACAGCUGAAGUGUUCCUGUACAUUUGGAUUGCCUCAUUUGCUCAUAACGAAAUCGGCGAGUUCUGGGAUGCAGGUACCACAACUUUCUACCUCGCAGACUUUUGGUCUCUUUGGGAUCUAUUCGUGAUAGGUAUCGGGGUGGCGUUCUUUAUUACUCGAAUGAUUGGUCUCCAUCAAGGAAAUGAUAGGAUCAUCGACACUUCCUUCGAUAUCCUCGCGCUCGAAGCAUUGUUUCUUAUUCCGCGAAUCUGCUCUCCUUUGCUCUCACUGUCGCCCUACUUCGGUACCUUGCUUCCAUGCCUGACGGUCAUGACGAAGGACUUCCUCAAAUUCCUUUCGUUGGUGGCCAUCUUGUACUGCGGAUUUUUGUCGACCUUCUGCCUUCUGGGCAGAGGUCAAUUCACCUCGCGGCAGAUGGCUCUGAUUCUGACAAAAGUGUUCUUCGGAAGUUCAUACCUGGGCUUCGACAUUAGUGACAAGAUCUCACCAUAUCUUGGACUGCCGCUGAUGUUGGUUUUCAUAACAUUGACACAAAUUCUUCUGAUUACUUCACUCAUCUCGAUUCUAUCCAACAGUUUGUCAAACGUUCUCUCACACGCCAGAGAAGAGUAUUUGUAUGUAUACUCUGUCUUUGUGCUUGAAGCAUCGACAUCGAACAGGCUCACAUACUUCAUUCCCCCUUUGAACCUGUUCUCGUUGGCUCUUAGACCUCUCCGACUCUUUCUGUCCUCGGAACAGUUGCGUCACAGUCGUAUCGUGGUUCUCAAGAUGACGCAUUUGCCUCAUGUACUCCUCAUUAAUCUGUACGAGAAGAUGCAGUCUGUUCGUAAAGGCAACACCACUGGCUUCGGUUUUGGAUCUCCCCGGAGCGUCGAGAAGCCACCCGGCUGGAAACGAUCUGUAUUGAACAAAAGGCUUCCAUCACGAUAUCCGCUCCUGGCGCCGAGUCCGCAAGGCGUGGACCAAUCGCCGGCAUCGCCGAGCACACAACCUUCGGUCUCCGCAGCUGCCGUCAAAGACAUAAAGGCCGUGCUUGAUCAGCUCACUACACAGAUAGAGCAGCUCAGGGGCAUGGUUGAGGAACAAGAGCGUCAAAUCCAAGUGAACGACGACCAGUAG